AUGUACGGGAACGUGGAGACCGCGCUGGACAAACCCUGGGGAGCCGGGGAAGGCUGUCCCCACCCCCCCCCGGACGAGGACCCCUACGAGCCCCUGGACCCCUCCCCCAGGCCGGGGGCGCCCCCCGAGGUCCCCUCCCCCCCCAGGCUGUCCCCCCGGGUGGCGCUGGUGGCGCUGGUGGCGCUGGUGGCGCUGGCGGUGACGCUGCUGCUGCUGCUGGGGACACUCGGGGCGCGGCGCAUCUCGGCCCUGGAGGCCGCCCUGGAAGCCGAGAAGGCGAAGGAGCCGCCGCCAUCCUCAGGUCUCCUGCCCUGCUCCAAGGGCUGGGUCUUUUUCCGGAAUUCCUGUUAUUUCUUCUCAAAAUCCGCCGCUUCCUGGGAGAAUUCCCAGUUUUUCUGCUCGGCUUUGGGGGCGCAGCUGCUCGAGGUCGACGAUGCCGAGGAAAAGCGCCACAUCCAGGCCCAGCUCCGGGGCCCGUCCUGGCUCGGGAUCCGUGACCGGGAUCAGGAGGGGACCUGGACCCGCGGGGACGGCACCGCCCUGGACCCCAACAACAGUUGGUGGCACCGGGACGAGCCCAACGGGGGUUCCCUGGAGAACUGCGCGGCCGUGGGGCAGGACGGGCUCUGGGCCGAUUAUCCCUGCGAGACCCCCCUGGCCUGGGUCUGCGAGGGACCCCCCUGACCCCAAAUCCCGGGAAUUCACCCCAGAGUCCCGGGAACAUUCUGGAAACUCGGGAAGAGGGGCGAUAAACCU